AUGGCUUUGGGUCAGUUGCAUCACCUGGAGACUCUGUUCAUCAACUCUGGGUGGCUAGCUGCGCAGUGCGAAUCCUUCAACACCAACCACGCAUGGGCCAUCCAAGAAGGCUCCAAGUUCCAACAAGCUCCGAACCUCUAUGCCUUGGACACUUUUGUGGUGACUCCCAUGUCCAAACCAGGAACAUGCGCAGCCCGCGAGCAGGAUGUUCACCAAACCAUUCCUUGUGCAACUGGAGCUUCUUCCUUCUCGGAGUUGGUGAACCCCAAUGGACUCUACGUCCAUUGCUUUGUCUCCCACUUCUGGGGGCAUUUGUUCUCCAGCACUCUCAAGGCUCUUGAUAUCUGGGCUCAAGACAACUUCCAGAAGAUGCAAAGCGCGCAGGCGGAAUCUCUGGUCUUCUGGAUUUGUUUGUUUGCCCUGAAUCAGCACGAUGUUGCUGAAGAGGUGGGAGAGAACCCUAGGCAAAGCCCAUUCAAUGCGGCCCUAGCACAAGCCAAGGGAGGCGGGGUGAUGGUUUUGGAUGAGGAUGUCAAUCCCUUCAAAAGGGUUUGGUGCCUCUUUGAGAUAUCGCGUCUGAAGGAUUUGCAGAGGCCCUUCGAGUUGAUUUCUGCCUUGGGAUCUUUGUCGAAGCCCGUGACAUUUGCAGCAGAGUCAGGGGUAUCAGAAGCUGAAGUGACUGAGCUGCUGCAAGAAACUUGCAAGGCAUUGUGGGAGGUGUCAAUGACCAAAGCUCAGAGUUCGGUGGAAGGGGACAAGUAUUUGAUUUGGGCUGAGAUAGCCGACUGUCGCUGCAAGAUGUUUUUGCAGUCAUUAGGUGCUAGAGUAUUCUUCGACACGCUUUUUAAUACAGGUGGGCUUGUUGGGUUGUCACGCUGCUUCUCGACUUGUGAUCACUACGUGCGCUCGCUGCUGUCCACUAGCAUGCUUCAAAUCUUCCUUACAAGGAAGGAGUAUGUGGUAGCAGCAGAGUGCUGCUGCAAAGGUGCCCUGUUUACAGAAGAGCAACUUAGUGAGAUUUGUGCAAGUUUUACUCCCGCAGAACGAGCCACCUGGUUGAAUGCUUUGCUUAUGGAGGCGGCUGAAUUGCCCAUGGCAAAACGACUGCUGGAGCAUGGAGCCGAUGUGGAGGCUGCAGACAGCAAUGGCGACACCGUGCUGAUGUCAGCUGCCCGCAGUGGCCACGAGUCUGUUGCAAAGCUACUGUUGGAGCGUGGUGCAGAUGCAGGUUCCACGAACAAAACUGGCAGUUCUGCGUUGAUGUUUGCCGCCGCUUUAGGUGGCCAUGAGUCUUUGGUGCGGAGGCUGUUAGAGCAUGGUGCCGAUGCAGGUGCGGCCAACAAUGAGGGUACUACUUCGUUGAUGGGUGCUGCUUACCGUGGCCAUGAGUCCAUCGUGAAGCUACUGCUGUCGCACGGCGCCAAUCCGCGGGCAGCGGACCAUGCUGGUAACACUUCGCUGAUGCAUGCGGCUUUGGCUGGUCACGAGUUAGUGGCAAAGCUGCUUCUGAAGCAUGGUGCCGAUGUAAGGGCCACCACCAACAACGGUGACACUGCGCUGAGACGGGCUUCUCAAGGUGGUCAUAAGACCGUGGCCAGGCUAUUGCUGGAGAAUGGUGCUGAUGAAACAGCCUGA